UCUUUAUCUUUUACUCCCCUUCCCCUACCCCAAAACAAAGGUGACAUAUUGAGCUUCCGGCUCAGCAACACUUCCUUUGAUUUCCUCCUCCCAAUACUCUAACUAACUGAAAAUUUCAGGUUGCCCCAGUUGUUGUUUCGCCAUCUUUUUGCGAGUAACAACGUCGAUCUUCUCCCGAAGACAAGUCGCGCGAGGAUGCCCCCCCAACCGAGCGGAAAAGCAGUGAAGAAGGCGGGCAAGGCACAGAAAAAUGUGCGUGCCACCGACAAGAAGAAGAAGAGGCGCAAGAGGAAGGAGAGCUUCAGUAUCUACAUCUACAAGGUGCUCAAACAGGUCCAUCCCGACACCGGAGUGUCCAGCAAGGCCAUGUCGAUCAUGAACAGCUUCGUGAACGACAUCUUCGAGCGCAUCGCAGCAGAGUCGUCUCGGCUGGCUCACUACAACAAGCGCUCGACCAUCACUAGUCGGGAGAUCCAGACAGCUGUGAGGCUCCUGCUGCCGGGUGAACUGGCAAAGCAUGCGGUGUCCGAGGGCACCAAGGCUGUCACCAAGUACACCAGUUCCAAGUAACACCCAGGAGCUAUCUCCCUGCUGUAUGUACAAACGGCCCUUUUGAGGGCCAUACUCA